AUGUGGGCGAGCCCCAUUGCUUCCUUGUCUGUCAAGCCUGUAGUAUCGCGCUACCUCUUAGCCGUGUUGCGAAGCACUUCAGCCAAUCUCGAGUUCACUCAUACUCAAGGAGUUUUUGCGCCAGCCUGCUUCAAGCUUGGGAAACUACCCACUUCCAGUCUUGCCCCAUCAAACUCCGCGACGAAGCCGAUCUGUCAGUUGGGUCCCUCCACUGGCAACCAGCGCGCCUAUCUCUCAUCUUCCUGUCUCCAAGGGGUCCCAAUGUCGGUUUGCAGACACGACUACUGGGCGGACGAGAUGGCGGAAGUAGUGGUGCUCGGUCAGGGGCUUAUUGGAUUGACUGAAACGCGCGCCCAAAAAGGUUGA